GAUCGCUGCCUCUUCCAUGGUCCAUAAGGAUGAAAAUUGCCCUAGGUGCAGCAAAGGGUCUUGCCUUUCUUCAUGAAGAAGCAGAAAGACCGGUGAUAUAUCGUGAUUUUAAAACCUCAAACAUCCUAUUAGAUGCAGACUACAAUGCCAAGCUUUCUGAUUUUGGACUUGCCAAAGACGGCCCUGAGGGGGAUAAAACCCAUGUCUCAACCCGUGUAAUGGGAACAUAUGGUUAUGCUGCGCCAGAAUAUGUGAUGACUGGACAUCUUACAUCAAAGAGUGAUGUCUACAGUUUCGGUGUAGUUCUACUUGAAAUGUUGACUGGUAGGAGAUCUAUGGACAAGAACCGUCCUAAUGGGGAGCAUAACCUUGUUGAAUGGGCUCGUCCCCACCUGGGAGAACGAAGAAGAUUCUACAGAUUGAUUGACCCUCGUCUGGAAGGCCAUUUUUCAAUAAAAGGUGCCCAGAAAGCUGCACAGCUUGUCACUCAUUGUCUUAGCCGUGAUCCCAAAGUUAGGCCUCUUAUGAGUGAAGUUGUUGAAGCUUUGAAGCCUCUGCCCAACCUCAAGGACAUGGCAAGCUCAUCUUACUAUUUUCAGACCUUGCAGGCUGACCGAAUCGUGUCCAGUCCAAAUGCUAGAAAUGGCAUUCUAACACAAGCAGGGUCUAUGUCGAGGAAUGGUCAGCAACUGAGGAGCCUUUCUAUACCCAACGACGCCCAUGCUUCUCCACAUCAAUCACCAAAACCCAAUGGCAAACCCCAAGCAUUGGUUCGCUGAUUUUCUACUUAUUUUUCCAUCCUUUCUAAUUCGUUUCACUUUGUCCUUUUUCCCCCUCACCAUAGAUGUAUUUUCCGGAAAGCAUUUGUUCUCGAACAGCUGAAAUGUUAGGACAGGUGAAGUGUUACUCCAAUUCCUAUGUUAGCGAUUGCUACUACAUUCAGUUUGGAGACAUCAAGAAUCACACCACCUGUUCUUGCCUUUUCAUUUAAAUUUUACUCCUUUUGUAUUUAAAAAAAAAAAUUGUAGAUC